AGGCCUGGCCUGGCUCCCUGGCUCUGUGUGGUAUGGUCACACCCCCACGCACCCCCUCCACUAAGUUGGGGCGGGGAGAGCACUGAGGCUGCUCUUCCUUUCCUGGGCUGACCUCUGAGCAGCAGACGGGGCUGAGUGUUCCCCAGCUCGCCUCUACACACAGCCCGUGCCACCGCAGCCGACGGCACCAUGAAGGACGAGGUAGCUCUACUGGCCACCAUCACCCUCCUGGGAGUCCUGCUGCAAGCCUACUUCUCCCUGCAGGUGAUCUCGGCGCGCAGGGCCUUCCGCGUGUCGCCGCCGCUCACCACCGGCCCACCCGAGUUCGAGCGCGUCUACCGAGCCCAGGUGAACUGCAGCGAGUACUUCCCGCUAUUCCUCGCCACGCUCUGGGUCGCCGGCAUCUUCUUUCAUGAAGGGGCGGCGGCGCUGUGCGGCCUGGUCUACCUGUUCGCGCGCCUCCGCUACUUCCAGGGCUACGCCAGCUCCGCGCAGCUCAGGCUGGCACCCCUGUACGCGAGCGCGCGCGCCCUCUGGCUGCUGGUGGCGCUGGCUGCGCUCGGCCUGCUCGCCCACUUCCUCCCGGCCGCGCUGCGCGCCGCGCUCCUCGGACGGCUGCGGACGUUGCUGCCGUGGGCCUGAGACCAAGGCCGCUGGGCCGGCGGAGCCGGGAACGAAGAGCCGGAGCCUCCAGCUGCCCCGGGAAGCGGCGCUCGCCUCCGCAUCCUAGUCUCUAUCAUUAAAGUUCUCGUGACCGAGA